AUGUCCGAUGAUCCGCAGGAGCAGGGCGACGCCUCGGUCAGCGAUCAUUCUGCCUCAAAUAACGAUGAGGGCUUAUCCAGCAGAGUAGCAGCGAUCGAAACCAAAUUGGAUCAGCUUAUGAACACCUUGAACGCAAAUGGAGAGUGGGAGAAGACCCAGACUCUGGAGCAGGCAUUCCAGCCUGGGAAGAAUAACGUUGCGAACCUUGGGCAUCUUGGCCUGGUGGUCUUGACAGCAUCCAUUGUCGGGAAGUGUGCCCAGCAUAGUAUCCACGAACACAGUCGGGAAGAGAGUCGAUUGCCGCCCUGGGAUUCCAAAUCGGAAUUUGCGGCCAUCUACUCCGUCCUUCUACAGCUUGAGACCCAAUUUGAGAUGGGCGGUAGGAUCAACGAUAUACUCACCAAAGACUACCUUCAGGACGGUGUCGUCGAUACACAAAUGGCCGGUCCAUAUGUGUUCUCUCACGCUUUGUUUCACAUGUCUCAAUGUCUCAUACACCACCCUUUUCUCCUCUAUAACCAGUCAAGGGCCAGGGGUGUCAAAGCUCCGGCGAGCUUCCUUAACAGGUCACUGCAGACGUGCAGGGAGAACGCCAAUGCCAUAUCAGCAUUGAUUCAGGAUACGAGAAGUGCUGGAUAUCCGGUCUACUUCUCUUUUAUGGGCUAUUGCGUUACAGUCACUGCCGGCAUUCACAUGUUGUGCUUGCAAACCAAGGAUAGCGGUAUUCACCAGCUGUCAACGUACUACCUUCAAUCGGAUAUGGCUUUCUUGGAAGAGUUCUCUAGGUAUUGGAAGAGCGGGCAAACCAUGUUGGCAACACUACAAAGAUAUGCAAGCCAGAUUUCGCUAUACGGCACCUUGGUCACCACUUCGCCAGAGCUUGAAAAUCUCGACGCUAACGAGCUUGAAAAUCUCUGGGCCACUGUCGACUAUAGCAGCAUGUCGCAAAACACAAAAGCAGACACAUCACCUACCAGCUCGAAACUUCCCUCACAAAGCUGCAACUUCCUGUUCGGCCUGUACUCGGAGCAGUCGUCGAACCCAAACAGUUUCGAUCGAUUGAAUUUUCCCUCAGCGUCGAAUUCACUCUCCAACGACCUUGUGCCAUUCAAUCAUGCAGCUUUUGGAGACAUGUCAUCUGUUAAUUCUUUUUUCGCCAGCUCACCAUUCAACUUUGGUGGCUAA